AUGCUUUGUAUGCCACCCAAGAAACGUGUAGGGAAGAGGAGAAUAACCAAAAGCUUCACUCUACAUCCAUCUUUUUUUAUGCCCACAAUUCCCCUACAAAUACACUCACCAAACCCCCCUGAUUUCACCACCACCACCACCACCUCCACCUCCACCUCCACCUUGUUUCUAGUUCUUACACAGCCAACGCCGCCAAUGGCCGCCAUUGUCCUUGUUGCACUUUUAAGCCUCUUGGUGUCAAUUCAAAAGGGUGAUGCACAUGAUUUGAAGAUUGGGAGCUCUGGUGAUUGGAGCAUUGCGUCUGCUCCCUAUACUACAUGGGCUGAGAGAGCUAGGUUUUCAAUCGGAGACACCAUCUUGUUCAACUACGAUGGUAGUAAGGACUCAUUGCUGUUAGUGAGCCAAGCCGAUUAUAACAAUUGCAAUACCGCAUCGCCCAUUGAAAAACACAAUGAUGGCCACACUGUGAUCACAUUGGAACGGUCUGGGCCCCACUACUUUAUCAGUGGUGUACCUGAAAACUGCAAAAAGAAUGAGAAAGUGACGAUUGUUGUAAUGGCAGAUCGAAGCCAGAAAGCAACCUCAGAAUCUCCAUUUGUUGCAUCUUCAAAUUUCCUGAUCUUCUUUUGCUUAGUUGGAGUUUUUGCUUGCUUCUUUAUUUAAUCAUCUGCAUGAACAGUUUGGUUUUCUUUCGAUUAUAUUUCAUUUUUUGGUUUUCGGUAUUGUAUUGGAGUGUCCUAAGUAUGAAACAAGUUUGCACGUGAGAAAAUAAAUAGAUAGUGGUUUUGUGUGAAUUAAUAUAUAUAGGCAUUUGUUGUUCCCAUUUACUAAAUUAAAGCGAACUAUCAUUUUGAGUAGAUUGUCGUUUCAUAUUUACAAUUAACAUCUGUACAAGGUGUAUUCACGGUUUCUGCGAAGCCUUUUUGAAUUAAUGGAC